AGUCCAAACACAUCAAAACCAGUACAUAAAAAGUGUCUUUUUAAGUUUUUUUUCCCUCUUUUCCCCAUAAACCAAUGUCUUUUUGGUUUGAUUAUUUAAUGGGGAAGAUGAAUAAGGUAACGCUGACAUCAAUAAAAACCCACUAAAUGAAAAAGCAAAGAAAGAAAAUCGCUUCUCAACUAAAAUUUGAUUUGCUCUGCUUUUCUCUUCUGUCAAAUUCCUUUUCUUUUCCUUCACUCUCUCACUUUGACAGACAGAGUAGGUCCUCCAAAGGCAGAGAGAGGUUCCGAGACCACCAACUGACUUUUAGACCUGGAUAUUCAUAUUCCGAAUACAUGGAUUAGAGUACUGAUCGCAUUCCUUCAACAUCUUUUCCUUUUUUCUGCAUAUAACAGUUCAGUGCUUCACACAAAUCGCUUAUUAGCUGUGAUAUCGUCCUUAAAGGGCAGCGUGAAGAGCUGAGCCCAUCGACUAAGUGUUAGACUUGGAUAUUCCAAAUACAUGGAUUGGAAGCACUCAACAGAACCAGUAGAAGGCAGAAACGAUGAAUAUACACUUAUAAGAGAUGCAGAAGACCCGCUCCUGGGAAUGUACGAUAAACCUCUUCCUUGCUUUGGCUGUGGAAUAGGAUGGUUUUCACUUCUCUUAGGAUUUGUUUUCCCUUUCAUGUGGUAUUAUGCUACCAUUCUCUACUUUAGAAGCUACUACCACAGAGAUCCUAGGGAGAGAGCUGGACUUGCUGCCUCUGCAAUAGCUGCAAUGAUAUGUACAAUUGCUGUAAUAAUCACAAUAGUAGUUCUUAUCUUCUAGUUCUUGCCACUGCAGUCUGUAUAUUUACCACUGCAUAUAGUGCUUCCUCAAACAUAUGGUGAGACAAGAGUACUAAACCUGUUAUGGGGCCAAAAAAAGGAGGUAAGAAACAAAGAACAUAUUAGGAACCUCAAGAAUCAUAUAAAGUUUCAGUUGUCUGCGUUGUAGCUCGGUUUAGGCUUGUAAAGAAACAGGAAGUCUAUAUUGCAACUUUCAUGAAAGGAACUGUGUUAUAAUAUCAAUGGUGAAGUAGUUACAAUCACAAUGAAAUUCUAUCUGCAUUUAUCAAUCAGAAAGUUGGUUUAA